AAUGGAAAUGUGCAGACAAUUUUCCAAGAAAUCUUAUCCUCUAAACAAACAAACCAUAAACAUCUUGAGAAACAGAAGACAAAAUAUUAUCUGUUAACUCCUCCAAUUACUUAUUAUCCACUGAUUUUUUGAAGAAUUUCAUAACCUUAAACAGUAAAAACACUAACUUAUAUUCUUAUCAUUCCAGAACGACCCACCAAAUGAAAAAUAUAAACCACUUCUUGAAAAUGAUUACUUCUUCAUGGUCUUAAUCCUCAUGUAAAUAUUUACACGCAUUUCUAACCCGAACUUUCUCCUCCUAUAAGAUUGAAGUAUAACCAUAAAUUACUCAAGCUGAAACAAAGCACUAAAAGAAAUGUCUCCGAUUCUUCAGUUCUUAAAGAUUUAUUUUCUCCAUCCCCUAACACUCCCAUCCAUAUUCUUAUUAAUUUUCCUCUACAAAUGGGUAUACAAAAAUCCAUCCAGAACCAGAAAACUGCCACCUUCACCAACCAAGUUACCCAUAUUAGGCAACCUUCACCUGCUUGGUAGAUUCCCUCACCGUUCACUGCACUCAUUAUCAAUGCGAUAUGGAGAAGUGAUGUUGAUUUACCUUGGUAGUACUCCCUCCUUUGUGAUCGCGUCUGCUCAAGCAGCUUGCGAGAUUAUGAAAAAACAUGAUACUAUCUUCUCUAAUAGACCUGUAUCAAGCAUCACAAGAAGAAUAUUUUAUGGUGGCAAAGACUUGGUCUUUUCUUCAUACGGUAAUUACUGGAGACAGAUAAGGAGCAUUUGUGUCAUACAGCUGUUAAGUAACAAAAAGGUUCAAUCUUUCAGGUAUGUCAGAGAAGAAGAGGUGAGUUUGAUGGUUGAAAAGAUCAAGAACUCAGAACAGAAACAACUGAAUAUGAGUGAGAUUUUCAUGAUGUAUUCAACCAAUGUGUUGUGUAGGACAGCAUAUGGAAAGAAGUAUGCAGGAGAAGGGAGAACAAAUUUUAAGCAACUUUUGAAAGAGUUUGUUGAGGUUAUGGCAGAGUUUAGCAUAAAAGAUUUAAUACCUUGGCUUGGUUGGGUUGAUAAACUGACUGGUCUGGACAAAAGGGUGGAGAAAGUUGCCAAAGAAUUCGAUCAAUUCCUUCAACAUGUUGUUCAAGAGCAUCUCGAUUGUAAGACGGAAAAAGAAGAAAAUGAAAAGGAUUUUGUGGAUAUUUUGCUGGAUGCUCAAAGGGAAAAUCCAACUGCUCUUUCCAUGGACAGCAUUAAAGCAAUUGUACUGGAUAUGUUUGCUGCUGGAUCCGAUACUACUUUUACACUAUUGGAGUGGACAAUGACCGAGUUGAUGAGGCAUCCCCAUGUUAUGAAGGAACUGCAAGAUGAAGUAAGGAAAAUCAUCAGUAAAAAACAAAUGGUAUCCGAAGAUGAUUUGGACAAAAUGAAGUACUUGAAAGCAGUGAUAAAGGAGGUACUAAGGCUACAUCCUCCACUCCCAUUGCUGGUGUUUCGAGAAUCCUCUCAGGAUGCCAAAAUAAACAUGUAUGACAUCGCUGCAAAGACACAAGUAAUCAUCAAUGCAUGGACAAUACAGAGAGACCCUACUUACUGGGAACAGCCAGAGGAUUUUCGUCCAAAGAGAUUUUUGAACUCUACAGUAGACUUCAAAGGCCUGAAUUUUCAUCUGAUUCCUUUUGGAGCUGGUAGAAGAGGUUGCCCAGGAAUACCCUUUGCUUUAUUCAAUGCUGAGCUUGCAUUAGCAAAUCUUGUUUACUCAUUUGACUGGAAAUUACCCUAUGGAGCAGAAGAUUACACUGCUGAUGUGCCUGAAAACCCUGGAGUAACAAUCAACAGGCGAGAUCCUUUAAUGGUCAUUGCAACUCCACAUUCUUGCCGCUAG